UUCAUCAUUUCCUCCAAUUUCAAUCCGAGGAAAGAACUUUCGGAGAUAGAUUUUGCUUCAACUGUUUCUCUUCACUCUGCACUGCGAAAUUGGGAGAGUGUGUGGAUGAUGAGGAAUAUCAGCUUUAGUGAUUCCGAGCUUCUUAAAUCUUAGAAAGAAACUUUCAGAGAUUUCCUCCUCAUAAAUCAAGAAUAAGUUUCUUGAUUCUUCACAUUUUAAAGUAGGCAAACGGAUCCUCAAAUUCUCGCGGGUUUUUUACCAAAUCACCAGAGUACGGAUCUGAAAGAAGGUCGGGUGGUGGAUGGUGUCGACCUCUAUCUUGGGAAUAUCGGCCGCGCAUCAAUACGACGUGGUCUGGCAUGAUUCCAGCAGUUACCAAUUGUUUAAUUGGAACUGGGAGUUCGAUUAUCCUGGAAUUCGCAUUGCAUGUGGGAAUUUUCGGUUCUGCUUCUUUGGAUUGACGUUAUCGGCAAUCAAUUGCUGAAAUUAACUAAGCAUUCAGUUCAAGGCAAAAGCUUAACAGAAUCACAGAUUCACUCAAUUAAGGAAUGGCGCUGCUUCCAUCAAAGGGAGUGGUGAUUUCGGUUCCAGCCCUCAUCCUCUCUGUGGCUGCUGCUGCAAUACUCCUAUUCUUCUUGCUUUCUGCCCUCUCAAGCUCCCCUCCUCCUUGCUCUUGUUCCACUCCGUCCAUGGCCAAAAGCAGAGAGCGUAUCUCGACUUCAGCUGAUGACAUAGAAUGGGUUAAGAGUCAGAUUCAAGCUAAUGGAUUGCAUAUGCAGCAGAAUGUGCUACGUAAAGGCAUUAAUCCCCGCACUCGUCAGCAGCAGCUCCAGGAUCUACUUCAGUUCAAAGGCAUAUCACACUAUGAAGGAGAAAGUGCAAACAACCACACUGCUCUUCCUUGCCCUGGUGAACUACUUGUAGAAGAACACCACAGCAAUUAUGGGGAACCUUGGGCUGGAGGACGAGAUGUAUUUGAAUUUCUUGCAGAGUCGGCCCACCUAAAUCCAAGUUCAAAAGUUCUUGAGAUUGGAUGUGGCACACUUCGUGUUGGAUUGCAUUUCAUACGGUACUUGGAUCCUGGGCAUUUCCAUUGCUUAGAGAGAGAUGAGCUUUCUCUAAUGGCUGCACUUCGCUAUGAGCUUCCAUCACAAGGUUUGUUAUUUAAGCGACCUCUGAUUGUUAGAGGUGAAGAUAUGGAUUUCAGUAAGUUUGGAUCUGAUACAAUGUACAAUUUGAUAUACGCGAGCGCCGUUUUCCUUCAUAUGCCUGACAAACUUGUUUGGAUCGGUUUGGAGCGUUUGGCGGGCAGACUGCAACCUGUAGAAGGUCGAAUAUUUGUCUCACACAAUAUCAAGUUCUGUUCUCGUUUGGGAGGCGAAGAAUGCACAAGAAGACUGAAUGAUCUAGGGCUCGAGUAUCGUGGGAAACACACCCAUGACAGUUUACUCUUCAACCACUAUGAGAUAUGGUUUGAGUUUAGGCGGUUUAAGGCUUAAAUUUUUGUAAAGGAAUCAGACGUUUUACCUGUAAUUUGAGGCGAUAAUGAUCAGAUUUUAAACUUUGUAUCAUCUUAAAUUAGGUCCUUAUUCAGAGUUUCUAGUUCUGUACUCGUUAUGUCAUUUUAUCCAAAUUUUGCAUAUUGAUCAUUUGUGUUGAAUAUUCCUCAUAUUGAUGGAUAUUACUUGGCAACAGCGUCA